AAAAAUCAAUGCCGAUGAAUGAGUACGCGUGGACCUAAAGCUAGAAAAAGAUCCAACGGUGGAGAAAGCUGCGUUAAAAUUGCAGAAGAACCAAAGAGAAAGAAUCCAACGGCCAAUAGUGUAGCGUCAACUCAAAGCCAAACCCUCCCAAAUUUCUCUUUUAAAAACCCCAAUCUCUCUCUCCCUCUCCAUCUUCAUUCUCCCUCUCGCCGCUUCCUUCUUAACACCAUCGCCUGAAUUCGCUCUCCUCUAGCUCGCGAUUGCGAAAACAUGGCUCUACCUAACCAGCAAACCGUAGAUUAUCCCAGCUUCAAGCUUGUCAUUGUUGGUGAUGGAGGCACAGGGAAGACUACUUUUGUUAAGAGACAUCUUACUGGGGAGUUUGAGAAGAAGUAUGAACCUACUAUUGGUGUGGAGGUUCAUCCAUUAGAUUUCUUCACAAACUGUGGCAAGAUCCGUUUUUACUGCUGGGACACUGCUGGACAAGAGAAAUUUGGUGGCCUUAGGGAUGGAUACUACAUCCAUGGUCAAUGUGCUAUAAUAAUGUUUGACGUCACAGCACGGCUCACAUACAAGAAUGUUCCGACAUGGCACCGUGAUCUCUGCAGGGUGUGUGAAAACAUCCCGAUUGUUCUGUGUGGGAACAAAGUUGAUGUGAAGAACAGGCAAGUGAAGGCAAAGCAGGUUACAUUCCACAGGAAGAAGAAUCUGCAGUACUAUGAGAUAUCAGCAAAGAGCAACUACAACUUUGAGAAGCCUUUCUUGUACCUUGCUAGAAAACUGGCUGGAGACCAAAACCUUCACUUUGUGGAGACACCAGCGCUUGCUCCACCAGAGGUUCACAUUGACAUUGCUGAUCAGCAGAAGAACGAGGCCGAGCUCUUACAGGCUGCAGCUCAACCCCUCCCCGAUGACGAUGAUGAUAUCUUUGAGUAAAUCAUCCUUCUAGAAUGUCUGCCGUGGGAAGCUCUUGCUUGUUCCUUUUGGUUUUCUCUAUGUUGUUUUGGUGUUACAUAUAAAUCAAUCGGUCUUUCUUAUAACAAAAAUUAGGUAUGUAUUUUUGGAUGGUUCUUCUGAUGGUAUCCAAAGCUAAGUUGUUUCUUCGCAAGAAUAUUAGUUGAUUGGAAAACUUUAUUCUACCUCCUAUUACUUGCCAGUUCUUAGAUUUCAGAUGCCACUCUUUAGCUACCAGGUGAUGUCAUAUAAACCUGGGUAAAAUUAGCUGCAAGUAGAUCUUGUUGGGAGACCUGACCUGCAUUGACAAUGGUUAAGUUCUUUGCCUUCCCCGAUCUCUCUAGCUUUGCAGAUUCUUCUGCAAUCCUCUUCCUUUUCUUCUUUGAAACUUGAUCUUCUUAAUCAAUCCGCACCAGAACUUGUAGAAUAAUAAUCGGAUAACUUUUUGUUUGGCAACCAUUCUUGCAUUGAAGAAUGAAGUAACCCUUUCCCUCAAAUCAACGACCGAUUUCAAUCCGUGAUUCCAGACAUUUUCUUCAACCGUGAGCUCUAAGACCAAUUUCUG